UAUGGGAAUGUGGAAACAUUUGUGGAGCUUAUGACAAUAUGUCCAAGCCCAAUUGGAUAUAUAUUUUCGGACUACGUUUUAUCAAAUUACAUAGAACCUGAUGCUUUAUUUCCACUAAAUCUUUGGGCAUCCAAACCAACGUUGAGCCCAAGAACUACUAAUGGAGCAGAAAGUUUUCACCGGACAUACAAUACCCAGUUUCACAAUACUCAUCCUCCGAUUCACUUAGUAAUAUCGAUUUUAAAAGAAACUCAAGCCGAAACUGAGACAAUUAUUUCAUCUAUAAACAAAGGUCGAGAAAAAUCGGUGGCAAAAAAAGAUUUAGAUAGAAUUAACCUAACUAUUCAGAUGUCGCUGAACAUUUAUCACUGGGAAGGGGUGCGGGGAUACAGCAGACAGGUUACAGGUAAAACUGAUACUUCUGGUGGCACAAUUACAUCAAUCAUUUGA